GUGCAUAAACAGCAAAAAAUAUCAGUAAAGGAAAACAGGUGAAUUCUUAUCCGUUAUUUCAGUAAUGAGACUGAAAUUGUGAUAAAAGUAUUCCUCGAUUGUGGUUUGUUGUCCGUGCAUUUAUCAUUCAAAGUGCUACGAUUUCAGUGUUAAGUAGAGCUGGAUUUUAAUUUGGAUACUUGAAAGUUUUUUUUAAGAGAAAUUUCCAGUAUUGCGACGCAGUUUACAGUCGACUGCUAAUCGCAUUAUGGAUGCAUCAAACGACGAAAAGAAGCCAACCGCAUCGAUCAAGCAUGACCAGCACUUCAUCGCAAUCGUUAACGGUCUACUGGACAGUUUGGGAGAGAAGGAUGAGGCGCUGCGGAACAUGACGGAGGCAUCGCUGAUAAGGAUUGCCAAACGGCGGCAUGACGAAAUCGUAGAAGUAUUCUGUGAGUACCGCAAGAAGCAUCCCAAGCUUGGCGAUAUGCAAGCAGCAAUCAUUCUGAGAGUAAUUGAGCACGUAGUUAUUAACCUAAUGGACAAAAUCAGCCACGACACAGCCAGCAAAUGUGUGGAAUACAGUGUAAAUGAAAUAACGCGCUCGCCUGAUCAACAAACAUUGGUCCAGGCACCGUGCCGGGAGAUUCUAGUUUCGGUAGGCAGGCGUUUCUGCAAGGACGUAAUGGAUGCUUUGACAAAACAUGUCGAGCAACACCAGGUGGCCCAUUUCAUGAUAUUGUACUCCAUGGGCUCGCUGGCAACGGCUAAUGUAAUGGACUCCAUUCCACUGAUAAAACCAAUAUUAGGAUACAUUCUACCGACUCUUUCAUCGAUCAAGCAGGACUACAUCCGACAGUCGUAUGCCUUCGCAAUUGGACGGUUCUGCGAAGCUUUUUGUGAGUACAAGGAACAUCAGCGUUUACAUCCGAACGAAGAGACGCCAAUGAAAACCGGAGUUCCAUAUGAAAUAUGUGACGAAGUGGGUAUAGCAUAUGAAUUAUUCCAGAUUCAGUGGCUUUCUUCGCGAGAACCAAAAGUCUCGUAUGAGGUGCUUAACGCACUCUCUUUCAUGUACCCACUUUUGUCGGUAGAAAAAAUAAACGAAGGCUUAUUGAAGGUAAUUCCAAGCACAUUAGCCUUAUAUCGUCGCAGUGUGGAUCGAAGCGUGGUGACGCAAUAUUUGGCGGCUAUCAUCAAAACGGUUCAAUCUCUCAAUGCUGAAAUGUUGUCCGAAUCAGACACAAUAAUAGCAACCUUAUUUGACUUGGUAUGCGUUAAUCCCGAUUAUGAGAAGCCACAAACGGUUAAAGGCCACUAUGAAGUUCUUCGUUGCUUUGAUCUGAUGGCCAGCAAUUACGGUAAAAAGAUCAUCGCCAUUUUGCUGUUACAUUUGCGUAGCAACAAUGAACGGGAAAGAAUAAAGUCACUUUUGGUUCUCACUCAUCUUACGAACACAUCCGAACAAAUACUUCACGAGGAACAGGAAGAAAUCACUACAAUUCUUAAAGGCAUGCUUACUACUGAGCGAUCAAUCAAGCUCAAAAUGGUGUUACUGAAAACAAUCGUGGCCUUUAUGCAAAGGAAUCUUGUGCAUGAAAAGGAGUUUGUCAUAUUUCUGAUUCGGGGAAGCUGUCGAUUGAAUAAAUUCAACAGUGAAAACGGCAGCUCUGAAGAAUAUCAGGAAUUUGUGACAGCCUGCAACAACACAAUGUACAUUCUGUCGACAACGAUCGGAACAAUGGAUGAUAUUCUAAAGAUGGAAUUAUUGCAAAGCUUUUUAAGAUUAGAAUAUACCGAUAUCUGUAGCACAAUUGGUAAGUGUUUGGCUAAUCUGCUCGCCAAAGAUCCAGUUCCGGAACGACGUAAUCCUUUCGAUAGGGGUAUAACCGACGAAGAGGUUCGACCUCCGAGUGCCGUAUCCGUCUUUGUUCGUUCGUUGGCACUACUAGGUAAUUAUGACGAAACAACUCGCGUGCAAAACAUAUUAUCGUUUCUGAAAAGUUAUACGCCAAAUCUGUACAGACAUCUUACACCGUUAUGGAAUGAGAAAUUAGGACAAAUGCUGCAGGAUUUGCAAAUGGGAAGUAUGAAUCGCAAGCAGUACGACACUCUGCUAUUCGAAUUUAUCCAAGCCACCAUUAAGGAUGUUGAUGAAUUCGUUUUCAUUGAGGGUCUAAUCGCGGAGAUAUUUCAGCAGUUACCACUGUACCAGCCGAUAACACCAGGAGCGAUUCAAGUAGAUUUUAAGGUUCCUGCACUCGACCAAGAGAAACGAAUGCUGGUCAAAGUUUUGGGUAUUUGUUUGUCUCAUUCGAUGGAUGAUCAUGUGAUAGAUAAUAAGAUUGAUCUCAUUAUUGGGCUGGCCAAGACUGAAAAGCUGGAAAAGAAUGCCUCUCACGAAGAGUAUGAGACAUUGCUGCAGGAUUAUGCACAGUCCUUGGCAUAUGUUUCAGUUGAGCACGUUGAUAAGGUAAUGAAGAAACUGGUUACUCUAGUGAUAGAAGAUGGGAGCGUUAAAAAGUCUAGCAGCUUCUUUUCAAAUUUGCACUUUAUAAAGGACACCAGUAAGGAGACGGAAAAUUUCAAACUAAAGGUGUUAGUUUUACAGUCUUUGAACUAUAUUGUUGCGAAAGCUCCCCGGGAUAAAGUACUUCGACUGUUCGACGACAGCAUUGUCAACUACUUAACGACGCAGUUUGACAACAAAGAACUGUUUAUCAGGAAGCAUAUUUUAACUAUUUUUUUGAGCUUGGCCGAGAUCCUCGUACAAAAUCCGAACGCUCUACCGGAUGAUCAUAUGAACAACUUUAAAAACAAAAAUGAUCUUUUGAAAAUCUGUAUGAAUAUUACGUGCGAUUCCCAGAACGAAUAUCUUCCUUUGUUUCCGCUUAUUCUAAAACUGUCAACCUUGCUAAUCAAACUGAAUGCUGAAGAUGAAAACGUUGACGUUAACGGAUUGCUUAACACUGCCUGUUAUUACUUCUUUACCACUGCCCAAAACUUGAAGUCGAAAUUCGAAUCAGUCGAUGAAGAUAACCGCAAUAGCUAUUUGGCCAAAUAUCUAAACCAAUCACUUCCGGAGCUGAAUCAGUUUAUCCGAACCAUUUUGGAACAGCAGAACGGAUCACCAGCUUGCCUUGAUGACAUAAACUCGAUCCUCGAGAUUUGGUUGAAAGAUCGUAACAAUGAGGUCCGGAUCUGCGCUGGUCACGUGUACAAUAACACACUGGAUGUUUAUAUGCGUUCGAUGAAAAUCGGCUGCGAAGCACCGUCCAAAUUCAAUCAAACUGGUAGUCUGCUGGGUAAAAUUAUACCACGGUGCAUCGAUUCCAACGCAACCGUACGGCAGACGGCUAUUGAAGUGCUAAAGAAGAUUCUGGAAAUCGCCUGCAUCUAUGAAACGUUAACCAUCGCUGACAAUCGAAUCGAUUGGGUCAAAGAGUUAGACCUAAUCCGGGAUGAGAUUGUAACCGAUGAUGCAAAAGAUAUCUACCGAAUUGCCGGUCAGCUGGCGAACAUAAUUGCCCAACGGUUGUCCAGCUAUCAGUAUGUGCAGUUUAGCAAGUGCUUACUUUACAGUUUGAACGACCCGGAACAGAGUUCGGCUAUCGGCGCUUCCGUGGUGCUUAAAUUUUUCAUGCAGGUAAAAGGUUCAGAAAUGUUUCACGCUAUCCCGGAGCUGGUGAAGGAGUGCCUUCACGCCGUUAAAAUAUGCGAAGUACCCAAAGCCCGAUCCGGCGUACUAAAGUCAAUGCUGGCGCUUACCAAGCAUCAUCCAAAGCUUGUUUGUAAUGAAGUUCUUGGUCAGUCAUUGCCGUUUGAAGAAAACGUUAUCGAUUACUGGCGCACGAUCACAUUAGAUGCAGAGCUUACCGGCAUCAUCUUGGAUAACUUCACCGGAACCGUCACCACCUCCUGUCUCUACGAGCAGCAACAUCAGGACAAACCUAGAGACGACUCGCAAAAGGCGGUGACUUUACCCCCGUUUACCAUUAUCUGCGUGCUGAAUGAAAUGUUCAAAUGCAAUGAAAUCAAGUCAGAACUUAAGUCGCGUUUUACCGAAAUAUUCUGCAUGUUAUUGAGUACCGUGGCGACCUACAUAAAUCUCUUACCUCCGUGCAAUCACGCCUACUCCCAGGAAGGCACAAAUGUAGCUGUUCCAAAGAGUGUCAAACGUGGCAAGCCGUCUGCGACUAAAGAUUCCAAACUGAUUCCCUGCCAAAUUGCACUGGACACGUUUAAGACCUUUCUUGACACCCUUGAAAUGCAGCAAAUCUUCAACGUUUUGGAUGUUUGUCCCAACCUGGGAACCAGUACAGAUCUGAACAGUUUCAUCGAAAUUCUCACGCCACUUAGUAUAGCGACCGCCGGUCAAGUGGGAAUCAAUUCAACCACAAUGAAACAAAUCGUCACCACCCUUAGCAAAUACGUUAGCAGCCCCUACGACACCCAAAGAAUAGCAUCAACCGGUUUCUAUUCCCAUUUGGUUCCGCUCAAACCAUGCGGAGAUAUAUCCUCUGUGAUUAUGCUUCAUCUAAAUUCGUCGCUCAAUGAUCCAAAUCCACUUGUUCGAGGACUCAGUAUCCGAGGAAUGGCAUUUUUGUGCAGUCUAACCGAGCACGACAUCGAAAAAUACGCGGAGAUGUGCUUAACGGCCUUGCUCAAAGGAAUCGACGACUACAACAAAAACUGCUUCAUAAACAUUCCGCUGGAAAGCAUGCGCGGUCUCUCGAAAAUUCUUCAAACACUUCCACAGGACAAAUUCGAGAUGUUUCAGGUGUCGCUGGCAAUUCGCAUAAAACCAUUCUUCGAGAAUGUGUCGACCGAGUUGCGAGAAUCGGCUAUUUUGCUCUUUGGGGAUCUCUGUCGGCCAAAAAUGCCAGCUCCAACGGCAGGAGAAGACCAAGUGCCGCCGCCGAACGAAUCAGGUAGAUUGGAAAAUGGAUCGUCUACGUCCGAAUCGUUAAUCGAACAAAUGAAGGCAAAUCUAUGCUCGCUUCUGCUGCACUUGUGCGAGGAAAAUAAUUUGAUUGCGAGGGCUUGUAAAAUUACUCUAAAGCAUGUAUGUGCACUAUUAGGCACGACUAAGAUGAAUCAACUGGCGCAAAACCACCUGUUAGAGCACGGGCAGUUACAGUAUAACAACUUCAUAAAAGACUUUACUAAGUUGAUAGGAGAAGAACUUCCAGAGUCGAUUGGUGACUUUAUCGACGCUUGCCUUCCAUCGUUACGCAGCCAGUGGUCGGAGAUUCGAGGAAACGCAGCAGUUUUAAUUGGUCUACUUCACACGCAGAAUCAAUCCGUGCAGCACAUGGACCCUGUUGGCCAUAAAAUAUCCCUUCUGCUAAAGGAUGAAGAUUCUACGGUAAAGGUAAAAGCAGCAGAAGCUUUGGGUUAUAUUUACGGUGAAUAUUGAACACAACCUCGAAACUUUUUCUUGUAUUUAUGUUUAAUUAAUCAGGUUAAAGUGCUUAUUCAUUGGAGAGAUUUCCAUUCUGUGAGAAUGGAAUGAACGUUAAACGCAUAUUCGUGAUAACAGUCAUGUUUUAUUCAGAAGAAACAUUUAUCAAACAGAAGAAUACAAACAUUACCACUC